AUGAUUCACGGCGUGAACUUUGCAUCAGCCGGUGCUGGUAUCAUCUUGUCUAGUGGAUCUGAACUGUACCAGAGGGCUUCGUUUGCGAUGCAGGUUGAGCAAUUUGUAGAUAUGUUCCAGCAGAUGAAACUGAGCACUGGGGAGGAAGCUUCGGAGCGUCUUGUCUCGAAAUCGGUUUUCCAUAUAUCAAUUGGAGUGAAUGAUUACAUACAUUUCUAUAUCAAAAACAUCUCUAACGUGCUGCAGAGUCUCUACUCUCGCUAG